AUUAUAGUUAAGACGUUAAAGGGGGCGGAGCAUCGCUGUGUUACCUUCGAGCAUGUCGUACUAUGAAAUAUUACGAAAUGCAUUAAAUGGUGCUGUAAACAGCUGAUUAAACUACGGGCGUGUUUAUGAUAUGAACAUGACGACAGCAUUUUCCGAAUUAUUUGCAUGAAGAUAAGAAUGAGUUGAAAGAUUCUGGUCGUGAGUUUCGUUUCGAGAUGGAGGCGUCUGGAUCACAGCAACAACAGCAGCAGCAGCAGCAGCAGCUCGAUGAUGAUUGGGAUGAUUUCAGUGACUCAGAACUUCUUGACAUUUCAACCGAGCUACAAAGCAUCGAGUCUCAACGGGCCCUUGUUGACAAAGCUGAUGAUAAACAAUCCAUUGUGGAUUGUGACAGCCCAUGUGUUUCUUCCACAUCAAUGCACAACUGUACUAAAGAGUCUUCAGGGCAUCAAACUGUACAAACUGGUGAUGUGAGGGGUUUAAAGAGAAAGAGUCUUCAUGAAGACAGCUUGAAUCCAAUGCAACGCUUUUCAAAACGACAUCUAAGUGUGACCCUUCUGUGUGACCAGUCAUGGUGUGAGAUGAAGACCGUAUAUAACAUUUUGAAGCCACAUGUAAAGAGAAAAGAAAUGCAAUGUGCUGAGGUCCAGAUGGGAAAGGACAUUCAUUUGUCAAGAGAACUUGAGAUACAGGAUGUUACCCAUGUAGAUAUCCGGACCAGAGAAGAUGCAGAAGCUCUCAAACUUCUCAACAUGUUAAACAUGAUUCCAGUAUUAGAAACAGGAAAAUGUGUGCGAGAGUUCCCUGUGUUUGGUGUUCAGGAAGGUGUCUUUAUAAUGGGGGUCAUUGAUGAGUUGAUGUAUUACCAGAAGGGGGAGCUUGUCCUAAAUGAGCUUAAAACUCGCAAACAGCAUUCCAUGCCUAGUUCAGCACAAGAUAAAGUCAACUGCUUUCAGGUUGGCCUGUAUAAAUUACUAUUCGAUGGAUUGGUCAGAGGAGAAGUGAAGAAAGAUCACAUUCUAGAUCACCUCAAACUACGUUCACACCAGGCCCUCGCAGCAGGAGUCCAGGCCCAUGCUAAAAGGAUUGGGUAUCAUGUGGCUACUUUUGAGGAUGCGUUGGAUGCCUUUUUAUUAACUAUGACAUGCUGUGAUCUUCCAUGCAUUGACUUGCUUCAGCUGGAAUACUUCCAUCAAGGUUCUAAGGGACCCAUCGGAACCAGAGUCGUUUCUUUUGACGAAGCCCAACUGCGGGUGGAUCUAAAGGGUUAUCUGGAAUACUGGACAGGCCAGAGGGAACCCAAAGGGGUCGACAUAGAGGAGGCCUGGAAAUGUAGAUCAUGCCUUUAUGAGCAGACCUGUGAUUGGGUCUGGAACAAAUGGGCCCCUUUACCAAACCGAAGCAAAACAGGAGGAAGUUCUUUAACAGUACCACCAGCUGUCAACAACCCCAAUAUCAGUGUCAUCAUCAGUCAAAAAGUCUCCUGCUCUGACUCUUUAAUCCCAUGGAUCUCUGCUACACUGCGGCUGGACUCAGAGUUCUGGAAUGUGCCGUGAUCUCAGAGGCCCACUCCAAACUGGGAGCUCUGUGAGGCAGGUCUGGCUCACGGAUACCUCCCCGUGGUCUUUAACCGACGGAGCCAGAAUGGGACACCGCUUAGUACCGUUAAACUGCAGCAAUUCGGUAACCCGACC